CGAGGCAUUUCCCUUUGAUCGACAGUGGUUGUAUAUGAAAUGGUAUGAUAGUCGCCCGCAUGGACACUUGAGUGAGUUCUCGCCUGAUGCUCUCGCUUCCGGCAACGUUAAUGCCCCCACCUUAUACUAACAUCCGUGACAGUAUGAGGAAUAUUAACGUGGUUUCAACUACUCUUUGUCGGAAAUACCACGUCAUAUCUUGGCAGACCGAAUAAACUAUUCCAACAUCACAGAGAAUAUAAAUAACGCAAAGAUUAGUGGCCAAUUAAACAUAGCGGAAAAUCCAAAAUGACAAAUCCCAAGUUCUAUCCAAAAGAAGAUAAAACCCGUGGGUUGAUAUAUGCAAGGAAAUUCCGAAUAUGAAGGAGUAUGCUAUGAUAUACUCUAAUAUAUCAUAUUAAACAAAUACACACUGCCCGAUUCUUGAGCAAAGAAGUCCAGAGACCUUGGGAUCAAUAUUUUUCAAGAAGAAUAUGAAGGCGUUUACAUUCCUGAUGCUAAGUUUUCGUCUCAUAAUAACGGUCGUAAACUCUACGGAUUUAAAAGUUGUAGAUGGAGAAUGUGUAUAUUCAAAGAUUGACCAAAUUACCAGCGCAAAGAUUAAUCAAACAACACAGAUUUGUUGCCGGAGAUCCGGUGUCCAUGCGAGAUAUCAAGAGGAAAUGGAAAUUGAUUGUUGUGGUGAGGGAAUUUACAAACCUCAAAUAGAGUUGUGUUGUAACGAGCAAGUGUAUGUAAAGGACCUGCAAACAAACUGUGAUUGUAAGUGUGGAAAAUCAACUUUUGAGAAGGUCGAGAAUAGAAUAAAAUCUGGUGCAGCUAAAGGUUCCUCACCACAGACUCGUCAAAACCGUUGGAAAGAGUUGAACAGUUUGGAGAAAAGGUGCAGAAAGAAAUAUCCACGCAACUCUAAAAUUUUGUUUUGCAUCUGGAAACUACGGACAACAAAAUCUAAGAACAGCAAACAUAUUUUAAUAUCCAUACUCAGUGGCAGCUCCUUUUUUUAUAAGAGUUUGAUUUGGAGCUAAUAAAAAUAU